UUUAAUAUAUAAUUUUCUGUUUUAUAUUAUAAUAGGAAAUACAUAUAAUAAUAAUGUAAAGUCUGAAUAAACCGGAUUAUUUCUACAUAGGACGGAGCAUAAAUGUGUCGGUUACAAAAGCUUACGCUGAGUUCCUCUUACGCAUUUCUUGCAACCAAACGUAAAACGCGGCAGUGCGGUGGCGCCACACAAUGUUUAACUUACAAAAUAUUUUUUUAAGAAAUAGUCAACUGUUCCUUAAAACGAGGUUGUUUAUAUACUGUUUGACGUACGCCCAUCUCAAUAUAAUGUCUGUGGUUUUAUUAAACAAGGAUUUUGCGACUUCCAAUGAUCCAGAUCUCAAAGUUUAUUUGACACUUAAGUGGAAAUUGAUUACAACAUGGUUCAAUAUUUUGACGAUACCGUACAUUCCAAUUUGCGUGUACUGCGACUGGCGCGAACUGAAAAGAAAAGCCGACCGCCCCGUGCCGCCAAACGUAGAAAAAUUGAAAAAUAUUCGUGACUUUUACUUUACAAAUCUCAUCUUGCCAGCUACAUUGUAUGCGGACGUACUAUUCUGGAACUUAUGGAACACGGACAGAAAGCUACUGAUGCCACUGUCAGUUGACAAGUACGUGUCGGUGUGGGAACAGCAUAGUAUGCACACCGCUUCUUUGGUCUUUGUCAUAUUCGAUUUAGUACUAGUGCCGCGGCAAAGACCAAAGACAUAUAAAUGGGGUGUCAUACUUCUAUCAUUAUAUCUGACCAGCUAUAUUUUAGUGUGUCUGACGAGUUUAUUGAAAGGAGAAUACGUCUAUCCAGGGCUGAAAUCAUUUACAACAUUUAAAUUUGUCGUAUUGACCAUACAUAUGUUUAUUGGUCACAUGUUCUACUAUACUGGACAAUGGGUUGUCAUCGACUUACUCUGGGGUCAGAGUAACAAGAAGAUAGCAUGAGGUUUCUUAACAGAAACAUCAAAAAAAAUGUUCACCUGUUUAAAUCUUAGACUACAUGUGCUGUCGUCACUAUUUAUUUUAGAUAGUCAUUUCCAAGGUACAACUUUAGGAAAUUGGUAAGAACAAGCAAACAAAACAGUUUUGAAAGCAUUUAAUAUUCCUAAAAUUUGUUAUCAAA